GCUCAGCGUGAAUACUCCUCUCCUGCUGUAGUGUUGCCACCGUUUUGAAACGAUUGUCAUGCAGAGAGAAAUGAGCAGCAAUCCGGGUUAACAUCCCAGGGCUGGUUAUACAAGCUCCACCCACAAGCAAUACAGCUGCUGUGAGCUCCGCCUCUUUCAGGAAGUGAAAGACACCAUGGAUGCCAAGCGGCAGAGCUGUGUGACUCUGUGCUCCCUGAGACAUGAUGGUCAGCGCUACCUGUGCCAUGGCCGGCAGCAGAGCCAAGAGACUGGCAGCCUGGACUUAUUUGUAACGAACGGUAUUGAUGUUUGGAAAGCGGAUGUGACAAAGGAGGCCCAGGAACAGUGGAACACUGCCAGCACUUCGGACGGUUUAGAAAGCCUUCGUGAAGUGUUGGGGCGCACGCCCCCUCUCCUGGACGUACAAGGCAGCCUGGUUACCCUGACCCUCCAGUUGAUUUCUGGGAAUGUGAUUCUUGACCUUUUCAAGUUGCCUAUCUCAGAGACGAGGAUGCACAUUCAGACCCUGGUUUUCAGUUUGGCCGAUCAGUUGACCGAUAUGGAGAAGCUACAGAGAGAGGGCAGUGUCACCACAUCAGUCAGCCCUGUGAAGCCAGCUCGUAAUAACUUCAUGCAUAUUCCAGAUGUUGAGGUGCGGCGGAGAGGCUAUGGUGUCCCCACCAAGAAGAGAUUGCCGGGGGAGUCAUUGGUCAACCCUGGAUGCAAAAACAAAAAGGCUGCCACAGGGGUGGAUUUUGACGAAUCGUGAUAAUCACAAGAAUACCUGAAUAUCAGACGUCAUAAUGUAUUCUGAAGAUCUCAAAGCAGCAGCGCCACCUACUGACUGCUCAAUUGUCAGCCGUUUCUGUAAGAUAAGUGCUAGACUCUACUCCAAUGCUGCUAGCUGUGUGUGAUGUGUGUGUGGGAUCCCUGCGCUGUAGGCACAAUGCUAGACGAGGUGCCUGGUUUGCAGUCUGUUGCCGUCCAAGACAUUUGUUCACACGGAGUGUAACAUGAAAGGCUUGCCUCCUCUGUAAGCACAGGGGCAGGUAACUGUGAAGCAGAGCAUCACAUGGCGUGUUUUUAAUUUCAUUUUUUUUUUAAAAAGGUGCAGUACGUUUUGUAUAAGUUUAUGGAAG